AUGGCGACUGUCGACGGAUCGCCCGGGACUUCCGUCAGAUUGACAGAGCUCGGGAAGGCUUUAGAUCAAGCAUCUAUUUCUAGUGUUGGCGCUAUAGGGUCACCCGUUAAUGCUACUGAAGUGGGAAUCGACGAGGUUUCUAGGGCUCGGACGCUUAAGCUGCCAGCUAAGAGCCCAAAGAAACGUGGACGGACUGACAGUUUGAAAAAAAUGCUUCCAGCGCCAGUUUCACAGCGUCACAAGCAGAUACCUAUCUCUUAUCAUUCUGGCAAAAGCAUGGAAGAGGAAUUGUCGCAAGAGAAUCCGCUGCAGCCGCAACGAUCCCAGGCGCAACCUGCAAAGUUGAUGGUGAAAGAUCGAAAAGGGAGCGGUAUGGGUGUUCCACAAGCUCAUUUAAUACUCAAUGCGGUGAAGCAAGCUCCACCUGCAAAGGAAAAAUCGAAUCCGAGACGUUGGUCAAAGCAUGAGGAUGAGUCGUUAAGGUUAGCAGUCGAGAGAAGUGGUGAGCGCAAUUGGAAGGCAAUAGCUGAUCAGGUACCAGGGCGAAAUCAUACGCAGUGUCUUCAACGGUGGACUAAAGUGCUUAAGCCAGGUUUAAUAAAGGGUCAUUGGACACCAGAAGAAGACUUAAAAUUGAGAGAUUUGGUGGCAGAAGGCAAAAAAAAUUGGGGUCAAGUAGCUUCGCUCAUUCCGGGUCGAACCUCCAAGCAAUGUCGAGAACGUUGGUGUAAUCAUCUGGAUCCUAACAUCAAUAAGGGAUCUUAUACAGAGGACGAAGACAGAAUUAUCAUGGAGAUGCAAGCCAAGUUAGGCAAUCGCUGGUCUAUAAUCGCUCAGCAGCUCAAGGGCCGAACCGAGGACGCCGUUAAAAUUCGGUGGAAAUCACUCAUGCGAGGACGGCGUGCUGCUUUAAAAGAAGAUAAGACUUCUGUUUCCACCGCUGUAUCGCCUAUCAUAGCAUCAGGAAGCGCCGCGUCAAGUUCUACUUCCGACACUGAAUCACAUAAAUUGAAAUCAUCUCAAGCCAGCCCUACGUUGCGCAAAAAUCAGAUAUCAUCUUCCACAGCAGCCACCAUAAAUACAAGUCAAAAUGCGACAGUGAAAAAAGAACAGGAAAUGAAUACGCAGACAUUUUCGCGGCCAGAUAUCGCAGCAGUUUUGGAAAAUUCGAUGCAAAAUGUGAGUGACCUUGUGGCCGCGUCAAUACACAAUUUUCAGAUGAGUCAACGCUAUCAUCCGAGCUCGGCUCUGCAUGCUGGCAAUGCUGCACUUGCGAACAAUUUGAAUCAGCUAAUGCCCGCCGUCGCACCGGCUAAUCAGCAGUCGCCUGUGGUCUAUGCGAUGAAUGACGGAUAUAAUGCGAGCAUCCAGCAACAACAGUUGCUGCUGCAUCAAAAUUCGUCGCAGCAUCAACAAAUGGCUCCAUCGUUUCAGUAUCCACCUGGGUUUACGAUGCAACAGCAAACCCUUGGUGUGAUGCCAAAUUACGGGUUGCCAACGAAUAUUUCGACCUCGAACGAGAUGCAGAUGCAAGUGUCGACAUCAAUGCGGCGUUCGUUGUCAAUGCCCUUGACACCUACAUACUCAUCACAGGUUAUGGCGAUGGCACUGGCAAAUGUACCGUAUCAGCACCAAUCGAUACCUUCUUCUGCGCCUCAACAUGGUUUCAGUGGUGCACCCCUUCACCCGCGCGUCGCUUCUUUAAGCACGCCAUCUGGAACAUUGUCGCAGCCUAUGGUUGUUCCGCCGAUCAGUGGAGGUGUUGCCACCAACAGUGGGAACCUUUAUCAGAGCAAUAUUGGGGUCCCUUCUAUUCCAGGGGCUGCGGCUGCAGCUGCUGGAGCAAAAGGACUUAACACUCCACGAGAAGAAUGGGGUUCUUCACAAACCCCGCGGUCUCGAAUGAUUAUGACGGAAGGCCAUGCAUCUGCAUACGAGCUGUUUCAUCAGCAACGACUUCGUUUAAUGCUACAGGAGCGCGAUAAACAAGGGAUGACUCUCUCAUCCGCGCCAUCCCCUGGUCAAGCGCUGCUAACCAAAGAGUUAGAGGCGAAUAAGGAGCGGCAAGCACGGCAAGCUAUCAUGCAGAAGGGAUGGAAAAGUGCUGUUGAAUCAAUGGUUUCUUUUAACAGCGUCAGCGAUCUCUCAGCUUUGGAGGAUCAGCAGCGGUAUGAUGGGCUGUUAGAGAAAGUCUCAUUAUCUGCCCUCGAUCCGACAGACGACGAGAUGCUUGACCAGACUGUUGAAAUUAUAUCGGGAGAUGACACAGUUGAUCUAUGA